AUGUCAACACCAGUACGACGGCGAUUACUGCGGGAUUUCAAGAGAUUGCAAGAGGAUCCACCAAUCGGAGUGUCGGGAGCUCCCUCAGAUAAUAAUAUACUGAUAUGGAAUGCCGUAAUUUUGGGACCACUAGGCACACCUUUCGAAAACGGCAUAUUUCGAUUAAAAUUAUUAUUUUCUGAAACUUACCCAAACGAACCACCGCUUGUACGAUUUAGAAACAGAAUGUUUCACCCCAAUAUCUACGCAAAUGGUAUUGUAUGCUUAGAUAUAUUGCAUAGUAAGUGGAGUGGGACUUAUGAUAUAUCUACCAUUCUAACAUCAAUCCGGUACUUACUCUGUGAACCGAAUCCUGAAUCACCCGCAAAUUCAGUGGCGGCAAGUACGUACAAAGAAAAUCGUGAGGAGUAUGACAAACAGGUCAAAAUGUGUGUGGAACAAACUCUUAUUGACUGA